UAAAAGUCUUGGUUUUUCUCCCAAGUUAGGGGAAGAAGAGUGAGCCAUGGAAGUAUUACCAAGCUUAGCCAUGGUUGGAGUGGAGUUUUCAAACGUGGUCAUAAGCAUUCUAUUCAAAGCUGCUUCUUUGAAGGGGCUGAGCUAUUACAGCUUCGUUGCCUACUGUUAUGUUUUAGGCACCUUGGUUUUCACCAUUUUAGUCCUCUUCAGAAAAACUGUGUUUCCUCCUUUGAAGUUCCCUCUCGUCUCUAGACUCUGCCUUUUUGCGGUUACAGGAUAUUUAGGUUUGAUGUGUGCAUAUAAAGGUAUAGACUUGGGGUCACCAACUCUCGCCUCUGCCAUUAACAACCUCACACCAGCUUUUACCUUCAUACUUGCUGUCUCCUUCAGGAUGGAGAAAGUAGAAUUGAUAAGAGCAGCAACUCAAGCUAAAAUCAUUGGCACCAUAACAUCAAUAUCUGGUGCAUUGGUCAUCACUUUCUACAAAGGCCCCUUAGUUAUUCCAUCAUCAUCAUCAUCAUCAUCAUCUGUUCUACAACUUCAAAGACCUUUGGAGUCCUCUCAAUCAAACUGGAUUAUCGGUGGCAUCCUCGAAGCUAUUGCAUAUCUUCUUUAUUCCUGCUGCUAUAUUCUUAUGGCUCAAAUAAUGAAGAUAUAUCCCGAAGAGAUUGUUGUAACUUUUUUUUUCAACUUGUCUGUGGCCCUUUUAGCCUUACCAGUAUGCUUUAUGGCACAACCACAGUUGAGUUCUUGGAGUUUAACAGAUAGUGUAUCAGUUGUUGCAGUCCUAUAUACGGGGCUCUUUGGGUUCUCAUUUAGCUCAUGUACUCAUACAUGGGGUGUACGCUUGAAGGGGCCUGUGUUUGUUGCAAUUUUCAGGCCAACCUCGAUUGUUAUAGCUGCUGUUAUGAGUGCCACAUUACUUGGUGAAGCGCUUUAUCUCGGAAGCGUGAUCGGGGCAGUGAUCAUAACAGGUGGUCUUUAUGCUGUGUUAUGGGGCAAAGCCAAAGAAGCAGAAGAAAUGAGAGAUGAAGAGCCCUGUGGCUUAAGCCCCUUAAGACCCUUAAGACCCUCGUCUAGUGAUCGGGUUCCUUUGCUGCAGAGUUACAAAUGUUGAAUAAAUGCGUAAAUAUUGUAAUGGCCAACGCUUUCAAAUUU